AAGGAAUAUCCAGUGUUCAAAGAAGGAUAAAUCGAAAUAUGCAACAUUUAAUUCUCAAACUGGGACAACAACACGAAUUUAAAGAGACACAAAGGGAGCAAAAUAGCCUAACUUGCGGGGAAAAAUAAACCAUAUCCUACAUCUUGCUUCCAGUUGGUGCCACUAGAGGAGCGCGAGUAAACCUGCCUGUUUGGAUUCUAUUAUAAUCGAAAAAGGCUAAUCAAUGAUCACAAAACACACAUUAGUCAAGAUACUCUAUCGCAUUGCUUUCAACAGUCGCCAUGUCUUUUAGCUUAAAAGUCUACUUCUUAUGCAUGCAGGUUUUCGGAACGAUGAUUUCAUCUCAGAAUAUUUAGGUUGAUUUAUGAUUGACAUACUUGUGGACAACUAAAUGUCUUCAUUAGUGGAGGUUUGGCCGCAGCUUGACGAAUCAUUGCAUCUAGUGGGCGGGGCUACUUCGUAGCGCUGUCAGCCUCACCAGAGAUUCUAGCGUCUCUACACAGUUCAACUGUAUCCCAGCCGCGGCAAAGUAGGCUGAGUGAAACAGUGAACUCGUACGGCAGCGUAUGCUUGAAAACCUACUGAAUUGUGAGUUCAAGGAUAACCCAUUCAAAAUUGCACGUUUUCCUCGGAUACUAUGGAGCUCGUGGCGAAGGUGACAGAUCCAUCUCCAGCUGUCGCCCUGAAUUAGCUGUGUGCCGUGAAAGGGGACCAGCCUCUGCUCAAUCACUAGCCGCUGUCCUUCACACCCAAAUGCUGUACAUCUGUCAACGUGCCGGCCUCGUCCUCUGAGUUAUGGACUUGUUCUGAAGGUCGGGCCUGCAUGCAGGGGUCUCUCCUGGUGCAACGCGUCUUCUGUGGCCCCAACAAAGAGGCAGCCCUCUCUCUCUUUUCUCUGGUCCCAGAUGAUCAACCGAAGACGAUGUAAAUGAGAGGGGAGGGGUGGGUGUGUUUUGAGCGUCUUCACGCGUUUAUUUUCCCCAUGUUUGGCAGCGGGAUAUAAGCUUUUUGGGCGCGAGGAAAGACGACGUGUCGAAUCAUCCACCGGUAUCAGCAGCAGCAGCAGCAGCUGGGGGGACCCUGGACUCCCGUGAAAUCAUGCAGUCUGAGGAGCUCUUCAAUAGAAAACUGAAAGCCUUGAAUGGCAGCAUGGGGCCUCCGGCCAACACCACACAAGGCAAGUCCGAGGGAAGUGGCAAAGCCAACGGGACCCCAGCCAUGCCCAAGAUGGGCGUCCGUGCAAGAGUGACAGACUGGCCCCCAAGACAGGAUGGCUGGGACGGCCGAUUGGGUCCCAACUACGAAAGCGUCAUAAUGGCAUUUCAGAACGGCCAGCCAGACCAAUGCAUGGGCAUUAAUGAGAUGGAGGAACCACCUCUGGACUCUGAUUACCCCGAGACUAAGUACUCGCUGAGCGACCUUCUGAGCCAUUCACCUUUGAAGGGUCUCCACCCUAUCCGCCAGAGGAGCAACAGCGACGUGACUAUCAGCGACAUCGAUUCAGAGGACAUGGUGGACCAGAAGGCCGUCAACCCAAACACUGGCGCCUCGUUGCACCGCGAAUACGGCAGCACCUCCUCCAUCGACCGGCAGGGACUCUCUGCAGACGGCUUCUUUACCCUGCUGAGAGGCUACCGGGUCGACACCAUGGACCACCGCGGCAUGCCGCCUCUGGGUUUCCCGGAGCUCUUGCGUUGCGAGACGGCCCUUUCACCCAGCCUGCAGACAGCGACACAGAUCGCCCGUGGGGAGAUUGUGCGCAUCUCCAGCUACGACUAUGUAGACAGCUCCUUGCUCUACAGCCGCGAGCGGGAGAAGUCCUUCAUGCACCGCCUCAAGUCAGACUCAUCUGAGACAACGUCGCUCUUCCGGAAGCUGCGGACGAUUAAGAGUGAGCACGACGGCCUCCGGUUCUCCAUGGAGCAGUAUGACCGGCGGUCCCUCAGCUACCAGAAGUGCUUUGCCCACUAUGACGUUCAGAGCGUGCUCUUCAAUGUCAGCGAGGCUCUGGCCAGUAGGUCCAACCUUGCCCAGAGGAAGAACACCACGACCGGAGCCUCGGCCGCCUCGCAGUACCACGUCUCCGGAGGUGUCUCUGUGUUAGGAGGCAGUAUGGUCGGAGGAGGAGGAGGUGGUGGAGGAGCAGGAGCUGUUGCCUGCAGUAGCAUGAACACACCUGCGUCAUUUGAAUCCCCGCUGGGUAGUCGCGAGGACCUGAACCCCAAAGAGAACCUGGAUGCGGAUGAGGGCGACGGAAAAGGCAACGGACUAGUGCUCACCUGCCCUCACUUUCGCAAUGAGGUUGGCGGCGAGGGGGAGAGAAGAAUCUCCCUGUCCAGAGCCAACAGCACCACCUACAAUGUCGGCAGCGAGAGCUGUUCAUUUGAGUCCUCUUUGAGCUCACACUGCACCAACGCUGGCGUGUCGGUCCUGGAGGUGCCUCGGGAGAACCAACCCAUCCACCGGGAGAAGGUCAAACGAUACAUCAUAGAGCACAUUGACUUGGGAGCGUACUACUACCACAAGUAUUUCUACGGGAGAGAGCACCAGAACUACUUCGGCGUGGAUGAGAAUCUUGGUCCGGUGGCUGUGAGCGUUCGCAGAGAAAGACUAGAGGACAAUAAGGAGGGGAGUCAGUACAACUAUCGCGUCACCUUCCGAACCAGCCAGCUGACCACUCUUCGGGGAGCCAUCCUAGAAGACGCAGUGCCCUCCACCGCCCGGCACGGCACGGCCCGCGGCCUCCCGCUGAAGGAGGUCCUGGAGUACGUGGUGCCCGAGCUGAACAUCCAGUGCCUGAGGCUGGCCCUCAACUCCCCCAAAGUCCCAGAGCAGCUCCUCAAGCUGGACGAGCAGGGGCUGAGUUUCCAGCACAAGGUGGGCGUCCUCUACUGCAAGGCGGGCCAGAGCACAGAGGAGGAGAUGUACAACAACGAGAGCGCCAGCCCGGCCCUCGAAGAGUUCCUGGACCUGCUGGGUCAGAGGGUGCGCCUUAAGGGCUUCACCAAGUACCGGGCCCAGCUGGACAAUAAGACGGACUCCACGGGUUCACACUCCCUCUACACUACCUACAAGGACUACGAGCUGAUGUUCCACGUCUCCACCCUCCUGCCCUACACCCCGAAUAACAAGCAGCAGCUGUUGAGGAAGAGGCACAUCGGAAACGACAUCGUCACCAUCAUUUUCCAAGAGCCCGGGGCCUUGGCUUUCACUCCCAAAAACAUUCGGUCCCACUUUCAACACGUGUUUGUCAUCGUCAAAGUCCACAACCCCUGCACAGAGAACGUGUGCUACAGUGUGGCCGUUUCUCGAUCGAAAGAUGUGCCUCCCUUCGGCCCUCCCAUCCCCAAGGGCGUGACCUUCCCAAAGUCGGCCGUGUUCCGGGACUUCCUGCUCGCCAAAGUGAUCAAUGGCGAGAACGCAGCGCACAAGUCUGAGAAGUUCCGUGCCAUGGCCACGCGCACACGGCAGGAGUACCUGAAGGACCUGGCGGAGAACUUUGUCAGCACAGCCACCGUCGACUCGGCCGUCAAGUUCAGCUUCAUCACACUCGGUGCCAAGAAGAAGGAGCGCACCAAGCCGCGCAAGGACGCCCACCUGCACAGCGUGGGCGCGGUCACCUGGAACGUGGUGGCCCGCGACUUCGGCCAGUCGGCCGACGUGACCUCCCUGCUGGGCAUCUCUAACGAGUUCAUCGUGCUCGUGGAGGAGGAGUCCAAGAACGUGGUGUUCAACUGCUCCUGCCGCGACGUCAUCGGCUGGACAUCCAACGUGGGCACCAUCAAGGUGUUCUACGAGCGCGGCGAGUGUGUCCUGUUCUCGGCGCUUGAGCACUGCGCGGAGGACAUCCGGGAGAUCGUCCAGCGACUGGAGAUUGCGACGCGGGGCUGCGAGACGUCGGACAUGACUCUGCGCAGGAACGGCCUGGGCCAGCUGGGCUUCCACGUGAACUUCGAGGGCAUCGUGGCCGACGUGGAGCCCUUCGGCUUCGCCUGGAAGGCUGGCUUGAGGCAGGGCAGCCGGCUGGUGGAGAUCUGCAAGGUGGCAGUUGCCACGCUCACCCACGAGCAGAUGAUCGACCUGCUCCGCACCUCCGUCACCGUCAGGGUGGUCAUCAUCCAGCCCUAUGACGACGGCACACCCCGCAGGGGCUGUUCGGAGCUCUAUCGCAUCCCCAUGGUGGAGUAUAAGCUGGACAGCGAGGGCACGCCCUGCGAGUAUAAGACGCCCUUCAAGCGGAACACCACCUGGCACCGCGUGCCCACCCCAGCCAAUCAGCCGCUGCCCCGCGGGUCGCCCACCCAGGGCCCUGACCGGCUGCAGUGCCAGCAGAUCCUUCAGCACCAACAGUCCUCCGCUAUCCCACGGAGCACCUCUUUCGACAGGAAGCUGCCCGACGGGUCCAGGGCCAUGCAGGAUGUGGAGAACCCCCAGAUGGCCUCCUGUGUUAAGGGUGACCCCCGAGAGCACUACCGCAGCUCCCCCAGCAACCAGUCCUCCUCCAGCGACCCCGGACCCAGCGGCAGCAGCACCUGGGCCCAGCAGCCUGGAUAUGACGGAUGCCAGUCGCCAGGGCUUCACGAGCGGGUGGGCGAGGGGCAAGGCAUGAUGGGAGAAGGAGAGGGCUCGAGGGAGAGGGAGCACACACUGGAGCGGACCAGGUCUGCAGAGGCUAAAUGGCACAUCCCUUCCACCAAGAUCCUCAACUCCCUCAAGGAGAGGGGCAAGGACUCCCCCAAUAAACUGAGUCGUACCGGUGACAAGAACUCCAGCCACUCCAGCAGCAACACACUCUCCAGUAACGCCUCGUCCAGCACCAGCGACGACAAGCCCUUCGGCUCGGGCGACCUCAUGGACCCUGAGAUCCUGGGCCUCACCUACAUCAAGGGUGCCUCCACCGACAGCGGCAUCGACACGGCGCCCUGCAUGCCCGCGCCCUCUGCCGCCGGUGGGCCGGGGGUGGCAGGGGCAGUAGCAGGAGCCUGUGCCCGCGUCACGCUGCAAGGCAGGGGGCUGGAGCCGGGCCACCCUGCCUGGGGCGGAGGGGAGGAAGGGGCGGCGUUGACGGACGAGGAGCACGGGAAGCUGUAUCCCCCCCAGGGCUACGCGGCGGCCAUCGCCGGCGGUCACGUGACGGAUGGAAGCAUGGGAGAUCUGAGCGAGCUGUCGUCUCACUCCAGUGGCUCCCAUCACUCGGGCAGUCCCCGGGCGCGGGGCUCCAGGCUCAGCGCCUCCCCAGACCUCCACAGGUCCCCUCUCAGCGCCGCAGGGCCCAGCCCCAGUCCCAGCCCAGGCCCCAGCCAGGAGGGCCACACGCACACACGCAGGAAACGCGCCGAAGACAGGCCCAGCCUUACGGAGCCACCGAGCCUGUCAGGGUGUGGGCAGCUGUACGCAGCCGAGGUGGCCAGCAGGCGGGAAAGCGAGCGGUCCGGGAAGCUGCAGCCGGGCAUGUCCAAAGAGGAGUACCUGAAGAUGAUGCAGCUGGACAGCCCUCCUGGCGAGGACGGACAGAGGAAGUCCUCUGCUUCAGGUACCCUGUCCCCGCGGCGCUCGCUGUACCGCACGCUGUCAGAUGAGAGCGUGUGCAGCAGCAACAGGAAGGGCUCGUCCUACUCCAGCUCGCGCAGCUCAAUGCUGGACCAGGCACUGCCCAGCGACAUCCUCUUCAGCUCCACGCAGCCCUACCACAGCACUCUGCCCCCCAGGAUGGGCAUCAACCAGUCCGGGUCCAACCUCAGGAAUGAGUUCUGGUACUCCGACGGUUCCCUCGCCGACCGCGCCAAAUUCACCGACCCUGGGCUCAUGCCCCUCCCAGACACGGCCUCCGACCUGGACUGGACACACCUGGUAGAUGCGGCGCGAGCCUUCGAAGACCAGCGCGUGGCCUCCUUCUGCACCAUGACUGACAUGCAGCGGGCCGAGGCCCUCCAGAUCUCCCAGGAGCUCACCAGGAGGGUGGCUGCCGCCGAGGGAGCCGCACGCCAGGCAGGGAAUACCUCUCCAGCCACACUGACAGGCAAAGUCAACCAGCUGGAGGUGAUUCUGAGGCAGCUGCAGUACGACCUGAGAAAGGAGAAGGAGGACAAGGCCAUCCUUCAGGAGGAGGUGCAGCACCUGAGGCAGGACAACAUGCGUCUGCAGGAGGAGAGCCAGACGGCCUCCGCCCAGCUGAGGAAGUUCACAGAGUGGUUCUUCAACACCAUCGACAAGAAGCCCUGAGCCACAACACAACCCCGACCCCCAACCAUCCCCCCCAGUACAAGACAGAGGAACCUUGAGGGAGAACCGUAGAAAGAACCCUUGCAAGCGUAGACACCCUCAUCCCUUUUCUAGAGAAAAGGCCUCUAGGCCAGAGUGGGGUCCCAUUGGCACUCAACUUAAACGCCCCCCCCCCCCCCCCAAACACAAACACCACCAUCAUUGUACAAGAGGAACUGUCUGCCCAGAGAGAGCUUAAGAUGUGCUGAGGGGUGUGUGUGUGUGUGUGUGUGAGUGUACGCACGCAUGUGCACUCACACGCAUAUGUGUCUGAGUGCUUUUGUCGGUGCGUGUGUGUGUCCGCCCCUCUUGGACAAAUCAUGGAGGAAAACCCCAUUGCUUGAAUUGCCCCUCCUGCCAUGGAAUGUAUGAAGCAGUUCCCCUUCCCCUCCCAGCAUUGUGAAGCUGGUGUAUAAGGGAGCCAUGGUUCCUGCAAGCAUGCGUUCAUACACAUGUACAUACACACAGAUAAAUACCGACUGACACACACACACACACACACACACACACACACACACACACACACACACUCAUACUCAUAAAACAAUGAAUGCAGAGCACAGAAAAGGAAUGGUAAGCAAGCAGAUGGAAUGUACUGGAGACGAUGAAGGGGUACUUAGUUUCUGCUGGCUGUGAAAGGAAUGAUCAUAUAGAAGAAAUUUUCAAAGCACAUUGGGAAAGGAAUUUAAAAAAAUGAAUGUAACUCAUCCAAGACCUAUCUUUGCUGGACAUCUCGAUCCCAGUUCCCCAUGUUAUCGUCUCAAAAGUUUAAUUUUAGGUGUCCUCUUCACGUCAACAGAACAUUGUACAAUAGAAUCAUUGGCAGUUAACGUUAUUGUUAAAAAGGUAAAAGGUGCACUCUCCAUAGCCGGCGUUUCAUAUAUAUAUUUUAAAUAUGUAUGAAUUACAUCUGUGUUGUUUUUUCGUCAGAUAGUUUCUAUCCACUGUCGCCAUGUCCUAGCAAUAAAACGUGGUCGUAGCAGAACUGUAUAGCCUAAAGGUUAGCACAAAACAAAUGUGAGUUCCUGUCAAGUUUCGCUCGUAUUUAUUUUACCAAGAGGAGACUGUGCCUAAAAAAAAAUAAAAAAUCAGUGAAUGGAUUGUUUUCUCAUGCUUUUAUUUAGUUUUUGUUUGUUUAUUUUUUAUUUUUUAUUUUUUAUUUUUUCUUGUUCUUUUCAACACUUGCCUUGUCCGUGGCUCGCUGAACCCAGUAUGUGUGUCUGUUUGUGUGUGUAUGCGUGUGAGUGUGAGUGUGUGUGUGUGUGUGUGUGUGUGUGUGUGUGUGUGUGCGCGUCUGCGUCUGCGUGUGCGCGUCUGCGUGAGUGUGUGUGUCUCUGCAAGAACCUGGUCUUAUGCAGUCAUUUCCACAGCGAACCACCACUCACAAUGCCAAAAUGUGUCGAUCUGUUGUACAGAAACUCCGAUGAAGUGUCUUGUAUUUAACACUAUUAUUUAAGCUUAUUUAACCUCAAAUUGUUUAUUUUAUUAAAAAAAGAAAAAAAAGAAAUUGUUUUGUUUUUGAUUUUCUGCACUAAAAGGAGUAGCUCUGUCUAGGCCGUGUUGUGCGUAGCGUGCCGGAGAUACAUUAAACAUAGAUCUAUAUAAAAGGAGUUCUUUUUUUUCCAUUCCAACAUUUGGACGCUGCUAGAAUACAGUCUGUUGUUUGUAUGCUUUUACAAAUGUCUUUCUCUGUAAAAUUGUUUCAUUUAAGAUGGGACGUUGGUUGCUUUUUUUUAAAUAAAUGUAGUAUGUAAAAUAUG